AUGCAGGAAACAGCUGGCGAAGUACUGUUGACUGAUCUCUGUGCCAUUUGCCACGUCAAUCCGAUCAAAUACACUUGCCCUCGAUGUGAAGUCCAUACAUGCUCCUUGCCAUGCGUCAAGCGUCACAAGUCCUGGGCCCAGUGCUCGGGCGUCCGAGACCCUACUGCCUACCGGAAGCGAGCUGAACUAGCCACACCCAGCUCUGUCGAUCAGGACUUCAACUUCAUCACUUCCGUCGAAAGAUCCCUGGCGCGUGCCGACGAACUUACUCAAACUAAGGGGAUUGACUUGGCUCCCAGUGGCAUCGCACGAAAGGGCCAAGAGGCGAGACGGAAGUUUGAUGCCGAGCUCGAAGAGAGAGGAAUAUGCUUGAUCAAGGCCCCUCAAGGACUGUCGAGGCACAAACAGAACAAGUCGCACUGGGCGGGCCACGGAAAGUGUCUCAUGUGGACGACGGAAUGGCUUUGUUAUGAUGGCGACAAGAGAACUUGCAAUGUCCUCGAGUCGAGGACCGUCGAGGAAGCCUUUCUGAGUGCAUUUGGGAAACACGCCGUCAACCGCAAGAAACGCAAACGAGGUGAUGCUGAAACAACGACGGUCUCAGCUCCUCCACCCGGCGGUCAAUCUGCUCAGCCGGUCUCUGCCGGAGAGAUCGAGAGGGCAUCCUCCCACACUGGGAAUACGGAAGGAAAACCUGUAAAGCUGGAAAAUGAAUUGGCCGCCCACGAACCUGUCACUGACCAGACGGGGACUGGCACAACUCCUGGCUCGGAACGAAGGAAUGGGCAGCCUCCAUCAACUCCGUACGCAUCACAGAGCCUCAAAUUUUAUCUUUUCAAACCGAACACAAUAUCGAAAGUAAAAUGUUUGAUCCCGGUCGCGUCGGACUCGAAGCUGGUCGAUGUUCUUCGCAAUCAGACCGUCUUGGAGUUCCCGACUUUCUACGUUCGACAAGAAGCUCCCCAGGAUCUGCCUGCUCCAUUCAUCACAGAAGAAAAUUACAACGAACAUUACGGGGCAGAAAUACCAGUCAGCCUGCCAACCUACACCCCGGGGAACACGGCAGAUGAAGAAAAGCUUGCUUCUUUGGACAACAUUGAUGAGAAGAAGGUCCUAGAAGUCCUUCAGAAAGACCUGAACGGAUAA